AUGCCACAUACGAGCAUCAAAAGAACUUCAACUUUCGCUUGGUCGCCUUUCUCCAGCGAUUCUACCAUCGCUACUGGUACUGUCGCAGGCGCACUAGACGAGAACUUCUCAAACGACGCUCAAUUGGAAUUGUGGGAUGUUUUCAGCGGUGAAGAGCCUCAAGUGAAGGGAAGCGUUACAACGUCGUCUAGAUUCAACACUCUCGGCUGGGGUAGCGUCAACUCAAGCAAACCUCAGGGUGUUAUAGCCGCUGGAUUAGAAUCUGGGGAUAUUUCAAUCUGGGAUCCACAACUAAUCGUUAAUCAGCCAUCCAAUUCACUUUUACACUCAAAUAACUCUCACUCUGGCUCAGUUAGAGGUUUAGACUUCAAUUUACUGCAAUCUAACUUAUUCGCUACUGGCGCUUCUCAAGGUGAAGUUUUUAUUUGGGAUUUGAACAACCCUUCAAAGCCAUACCUUCCUGGUCCAAGAUCUCAGAAGUUACAGGAUAUUACUUCUACCUCUUGGAAUGCUCAGGUUCCUCACGUUCUCGCUACCUCUUCUGAUACUGGCUACACGGUCGUUUGGGAUUUGAGACACAAGAAGGAAGUCGUCGGUAUUAGCUACGGUGGCGGUGCUGGUACUAUGGGCGGUCCGUUCGCCAACUCAACUGCCAUCACUCAACAAGGAAGACGUGGCAUUAGCUCUGUUGCAUGGCAUCCUGAUAAUGCUACUCGUCUAGUUACUGCCUCUGAAGAUGAUACCAGUCCUGUUAUUAUGCUUUGGGAUCUCAGGAAUGCAAGAGCUCCAGAGAAGAUUCUUCCUGGUCAUGAUAAGGGCGUUCUCUCUCUUUCUUGGUGCAGACAGGACCCUGAUCUUCUCCUCUCCUCUGGUAAAGACAACAAGACAUUGGCUUGGAAUCCAAACACAGGUGAAAAUAUUGGCGAGCUGCCAUCUUCUGAUAAUUGGUCAUUUCAAGUUGAAUGGAAUCACCGCAACCCUGAUAUAUUUGCAACAGCUUCUUUCGAUGGUACUGUUGGCAUUCAUUCCAUUCAGUCACAAGCUCCUCCUCCAGAAUCUAUAACCGCAAAUGCUCAAAGCAAUGUUGAUCCAAAUGACAUCUUUGGCGCUGUCUCAGCUCAGCAAGAAGCAGAACAACAUGCACUCAAAGCCCAACAAUCUUUCUCUCUCAAACAAGCACCAAAAUGGUUGCGUAGACCUACAUCAGUUAGCUUCGGUUAUGGUGGUAAAUUGGUGACACUUAAAAACAAUCUCGUCCAAAUUCACCAAGUUUCAACCGAACCCUCCAUCCUUGAGCGUGCACGCUUGCUCAGCGAGGCUAUUGACAGUCCAGACAGUGAAUCAAAAUUAAUUAGCUUGUGUCAAUCCCAAGCUGCCAAGAAGGGGGGUGACUCUGAUACGUGGAAGGCACUCCACUCUCUCUUCGAAGCCAACUCAAGGGAUCAACUUGUUCAAUUACUUGGAUUCAGCAAAGAGGAAGUCGCAAAGCAAGUUCAGGCUGCGAUCGAUGCCUUCGCUAAACCAGCAGGACAAACACCUGAAUCUACACACCUCUCGUCAGUCGAUACGAAUGCUAGUGAUGAGCCUGAGAAAGAGUCUACUGUAUCAUUCGCCGAGCCAGAGCCAGAACAAGAGGCAGAUGGAGAGGAAGAGGAAAAAGUUGAACCAGAAGCAGAAGCAGAUCAAAACACGCCAGCUCCAAGUGAUAGCCUUUUCGGUGACAAUAAGGCAGAUGGCGAUGAUUUCUUUAGAUCUGUCACCGUCGCAUCAGAGACAACCCCACAAGUGGAGAAGGUUGUUAUACCACACAUGACUGCUGAUGAGUCUGUUGCUGCAACAAUUGGCUCACCAGGUCCAUCAAGUAUUACUUCUGAAGCAAUUAAAGCCAAUACUUUCAAGAUAUAUCCAUCAGAAGAAUCCGAGUCAGAUCGUCUCAUUACCAAGGCAUUGGUAUUAGGAGACUUUGACUCAGCUGUAGAACUAUGCUUGUGCACUGAGAGAUACGCUGAUGCUAUUUUGUUGGCUGUUAAAGGCGGUGCUGAGCUGCUGGCUAAAACGCAAAAGAGCUACUUCCAACGUCAAACGAUUCAUCUACCAUACUUACGUCUAUUCCAGUCAAUUGUGUCUGAUGAUUUGUCAGACAUUGUCCAGAAUGCUGAUCUUGGAGAAUGGCAAGAGAUAUUCGUCGUCUUGUGCACAUUUGCUAAGGGGGAUGAAUUCGGUCAAUUGGCAGAACAACUCGGUCAACGUCUAGACUUCCAAUACAAAAUGGUCGAUGAUAGCGAGAAAGUGACAGCUAAGAAGUUCCGCACCAAUGCUAUUCUGUGUUAUUUAGCAGCUGGCAAAUUGGAAAGAGUUGUGAAUAUCUGGUCAGAUGAAAUGGUUGAAGAGGAGAGAAGUGGUGCUGGUGAUCAAACUUCCAAGCAAUCACAACACGCUUUAGCACUCCAAAGCUUUAUUGAGAAGGUCACUAUUUUCCAAAAGGCAACUGGAUAUGUAGACCAAGAUCUCAGCACUCCUACUGAAUCACCAGCUGUGGCAGCAUCUGGAGUAAGAGUUUACAAAUUGAGCACUCUUUACGAUCGCUACCAUGAAUAUGCGGAGCUGUUAGCAUCGCAGGGAUUAGUGAAAGAUGCUGUUAAAUAUAUGAAUCUUACACCAUCUGAUUACCAGGGCACUGGGGGUGUGUCUAGCGAUGCUCAGACAGCCCGUCAGAGAUUACUCAUUACAGCAUCAGACGAGGCGCAGAGAGAGACGAGAAGAGAAGCCGAAGUGCAACAACAGGCACAGUUGAAAGCUCAACAAGAGGCUCAGGCAGCUGCACAGGAGCAAAUGAUGGCCCAACAAGCAACUCAACCGGUUGCACAACCAACAGCACAACCAAUAGCACAACCAAUAGCACAACCACAAGUGAAUGCCUAUGCACCAGCUGCUACUACUGCACAGCCAACCUAUACAUCGCCUUACACACCACAAAACACGUCAUCAUACGCACCACCAGCUCAGACACAAUCUCAACCUCAGCCACAAGCACCAGCACAGGCGCAGAUGUACAGUCAGCCAGCGCAAGUAUCUGCUACUAAUGCUUACGGAGGCUAUGCUCCCCCACCAACGAUGCAACCUAGCGCCAUAGCAGCAGCAGCGCCAGCUAGCGUAGCACCGCCACCAACCAACAGCGCAGCUACAGGCCCUCCACCUCAACGUCCAGCCUCACAAAGGAGGGAUCUAUCAGGGUGGAAUGAUGCGCCACCACCGCCACCACCUAAGCGCGAACGCGGCGCUACACCAUCGAGCGGCAGCAGAGCAUCGCCAAUCGUGCAGCCCUUAACAAGCCCAUUCCCUAACUCUCCAGCACCUACACCAGGUAUGGGCAUGGGCAUGGGUGGGGUAAUGGGUGGACCGACACCAGCAGUGGGAGGGGUAGUGCCACCGCCACCAAAAGCAGGUCCUAGAAGCGUGCCACCGCCAGCAGCUGUUCCACCACCACCACCAAAAAGUCAGCCUGCACCGCCACCAGUAGCUGCACCACCACCACCACCACCAGCUGGCUCAGGACCACCAGCCCCACCAGGCCCGCCAGGUAGAGUGGGUGUACCACCAUUCGCUCAGCAGGUACCACCACCGGGACCGCAAGGUGGAGGUGGACCGCCAUUCGCUCAGCAACAAGCGCCACCACCCCCAGGCCCACCAGGCCCACCACCAGCAAGGAUGAUGAGUCCUGGAUUUGCACAGCAGCAGAUGUCGCCACCACCAGGUCCACCAGGAUCAGCCCCCGGUGCAGCUCCAGUGCAGUCAUUCGAGACCUGGAUCAGUGAAUGGGGUGAAUGGGGUGAAUACAGCAGGAGGAUACAGACAGACACCACCACCACCACCACCACCGCACGUGAUUCAGCAGGCAAUGCAACCACAACAACGAGGAGCGCAGUCAGUCCACCACCUGUGGCUAGCCCACCAAUGUCGAAUGUAGCUGCAUAUACGGUGUCGAGACCAGGAAGUGUUGCUAGUCCGGGUGUGAGUGAAGCACCAGCACCAGCACCAGCAGCACCCACAUUCCCACCAGGCGACCGCAGCCAUAUACCACCAAUCGACAGACCGAUAUUCGAAAGCCUGUCUCGGGAGAUAGAGAAAGCACGCAGUGUAGCACAGCCAAACACCAGGAGAAUGGUGGAUGAUACACAGAACAGACUGAACAGCUUGUUUGAUGGGCUCAAUGCGCAGAGCAUGCAGAGUGAAGCGGUGUUGAACAAAUUGCGUAACGUAGCAGCUGCAUUGACAGCGAGGGAUUAUCCCAACGCAAUGAAUAUCGCAGUGGAAAUUAUGGGAUCUGGUGAAGCAGAUAUGAGAUGGGCAUUGGGAUUGAAGCAGCUUAUUAAAAUAUCAGAAAGAUAG